CUUCAAGUGCAUCAUGAGGUUAACAUAGUGACUAUCUCUCUGCAGAUGCAUGCUGUGUAGGAGGGAGAUACUCAGAAAAGGACAUAUCCUGCUAUUGUUUCACAUCUUCCUGGCCGGCUAAGUGUUUGUAUUCCCAAGUAUUCAGAGAUGGCUACCGUUCCUUUCCUCUGCUCUGAAUAUUUGUAUUGCCCGGUCUGCUUGGACCUUUUCCGAGAACCUGUCACCAUCCCUUGUGGGCACACCUUCUGCUUGACAUGUAUUACCCAGUGCUGGUCUCUGCAGGGCAUGCCAGCCUCUUGCCCCCAGUGUCGUUCCUGCUUCCAGCAAGAAUCCUCACCAAGACUCUGCAAGAACAGUAUACUUUCCCAGAUGGUGGAUGACUUCUCCAAGGUGCAAGGAGCCAGUGAGAGGAUGGCGGCUGUGAAUAUCCCAGCCAGGAGUGUGGGAACGCCGUUGAAAACUCAUUAUCACCAAGAUGAGCCAGAAGGAAACAUUGGAAGAGAUGCAAGCAUCAAGUUUUCUAUAUCCAGUAGCAGUUUGGCCCAGGAAAGCAGCAGUACCAAGGUGUAUACUUACCAGGCUAAACCUGUAUACUUAAUAGGAAGCCCACAGGAAUCCUCAGCACCUCUGGCCACAAUCUUCUUUGAUCAGCUGUUACGCCUGGAGACAGAGAGGUUGCCCACUCUGUGUCAGUACACCAAAACCAAUGACGAGGACUGGGAUGAACUGUCACCCUACUCUGCUAACAUUUACUUUUUUACUGUAUGGACCCAGAAUGACCACCAUCCUCAAGAAGAUGGUGGCACUGGCAAACGUGUGGACAAUGAUGGUGAAGGCCUUCUGGAGAGAAGAGAAGAUGUAGGCAUUGUCAGAGAAAUGACUGUGAUCUCCGUUUCGGGAGCCAAGAAGAUAGUGAGUCAGGGGCUGGCUGACAUUGUAAGGAUCCUACAGGCCUCAGGUUUGCGGCUGAUGAAGAUGAUGGAUCAGGCUCAGUGCCAGAUGCUGAAGAACACAGGAAGUCAUGAGCUGGAAGGACUCUCCAUAUCAGUGUCACAACUAGCCCAAGUUGAAGAGCAGCUCGGAGUUCAGGAUACACAGUGGAAUGGACUUUAUGCAGCUGUUACUAAAUUUAAAGAGUGUUUACAGGAGGUGUGUGCAGACCACAUGGGGAGGCUGGUACAACAAGUGUGGACUACACGGAGCAGCUACCCCAUAUCACCACCUAAACUGUGGGGAAUCUCCUUGCAGCCUCUGACCCCACGGACACGAGCCGAGUUCCUUCAGUAUCUCCGAGAAGUCAGCUUGGACCCGGAAACUGCCCAUCACAACUUAUGUCUGACGCAAGGAAACCGCCGAGUUCUGUGCAAGCUGCAGCCUCAGGCUUACUUAGACCACCCCGGGCGCUUUAACCAUUACACCCAAGUACUCGGCAUGGAGCCGAUGGGCCAUGGGAGGCAUUACUGGGAGGUCCACCUGUCUGGAAAUCGAGUAAGCUUAGGUGUGGCCUAUCAUAACAUCUAUCGCAAAGGUCACCAAAGCUACUGCCUGGCUGGCAGGAAUUCAAAGUCUUGGUGCCUGGAAUGGAGCAGCAGCCGCUGUUACGCAUGGCACGAUGGUCAGAGAAUUUUAGUAGCCACAGGACUGCAGGAGAAACUUGGCGUAUUUCUGGACUGGGAUGGGGGUAGUCUGUCCUUCCAUGAGGUAUCAGAUGAUAUGCCUCUUCUUCACCAGUUCCAUGCUUCCUUCAUCCAACCAUUAUAUCCCAUAUUUUAUGUCAGCUGGAACUCUAUCAUGUCCAUUGGGGAAGCGAUGCCAACUCACCACAGUACCCACAACAGACAUUUCCAAAGGCAGAUGUCUGCAGAAUUCUGA